AUGAUGCUUAUUUUGGAUGGUAUACGAGACUUUAUGAGUAGACAAAGAAGCGAGUCGUUAGGUACUUCGGAGAAGUUAAAGUCUCGGCACCUAAAGAAAGUACAAAUUGAAAAUUGCCCGCUGCAGUCAGUGUACGAUUUACGCGAAGAAGAUGAGACGAAUGAUGUCUAUAAUGACUCCCUGGCUUUUCGGCGUCCACGUUCAAAUAGUUCAGACUUUUUGAUUUUACGGAAGACUUCACGGCCUCUCUCAGUCGAUGUAGUAGGGCUUGUUGAUGAACAUGAUGAUCCAUACAGGCAGUACAUGCAAGUCGUUGACUGUUACGAGUUGGCACCGCAUAAGGGUUCGGUCGUGUUGCUGGACGAGUCCAUGAAGCUGAAUAAAGCAUUCCGAGCGAUGUCGGAUUGGUGCUUGAGUGCCGCUCUGGUCUGGUCAGAAAUUGAACAAAAUGUAGUUUCUAUUGUGACUUUAACGGAUUUUCUAAUUUUCCUCACUGACAGCAAGCCUUCGACGUCCACUAUUGGCGACAUGACUUCAGUGAAACCACUCGUUUCUCUAGACGCUUCUUGCAACUUAUUAGAAGCAAGCAAAUUAUUCUGUACGAAAAGUAUUCACAGAAUAGCUGUUACAGAACCUACUGGUGAUAUACUUUACUUACUAACAAACCGCUCACUACAUUUUGCUCUUUGGAUGGAAUGUGACAUCAGGGAUGCGAGGCUCGGGAACUGGAGCGAGAUUCACUUUCUCACAGAAAACGAUAAACUCGAAGAUGUAGCGAAUAUGAUGAUAAAAUAUAAUUAUUCAAGCAUUCCUAUCGUUGAUCUCAACGGCCGACCACUUGAUGUAAUUAGCAAAUUUGAUAUUGCUGCUGCAAUUUCUUCAGCUCCGGACGUCAAGGAAUGCUUCCAUAACUACACCGCCAAAGAUGUGAUAUCCUUCCGACCGCCUGCUAGGUUUCUGCAGGGUACGGACACGGUAUCAACAGUGCUUUCAGUCGCUUUGGAGCAGCCAAACUGUCGAUGUGUUUUCAUUGCAUCAGAUGACCGGAUCGAAGCGGCUAUUUCACUUUCAGACUUCAUAUCUCACAUUGUUUAUCAUUAG